UACGUGUGGGGGACAACGACGUGUUUCCCACGCGCCGCAGACAUCUAAACAACUGUAAAAGCGUGUAGAAAGACGGGAGCGAUAGACGCAAACUAGAGCCAGAAGUGUUGUGACAAUCCAUUUGAACGUUUGACCGUCGAGCCUCCGGAUAGAACACGAAACGUGUACUUUUGGCGAGCAGCACAGGACGAACUGGUGUGUGUGUGUGUGUUUGUUUUAUAGCUAGCUAGCGGGCUAGCAGCUAAUGUCAGAGACAAGCAGGUGGAGCGGUGCGUUCGGUUCGAUACGAGCUGUAAUCUGAUCACUGGUUGCAACAUGGGGAGAAAGAAACAGGGCGCGUUGGUGCGUCCUGGCAACAAGGGCAAAGACAAAAGGCACAGGAUGAAGGGGAAAACCUUAGAGGCCUUUACAGAAGAUAUGCACACUGCUUUUGAAGCAAGUCUUCACGUAGAGGAGGGAGCAGAGGCCCCCCAGGUGAAAAUGCCAUGUCCACUUGCCAUGUGGGAGUUGGGUCACUGCGACCCCAAACGUUGUACUGGCAGGAAGUUGGCACGCAAGGGCUUUGUGCAUAACCUGCGCCUCAACCAGAGAUUUAAUGGACUUGUACUGAGUCCCAUGGGCACAAAGUAUGUGACGCCAGCAGACAGAGAGAUUGUGGCUAAAAAUGGUUUAGCAGUGAUCGAUUGUUCCUGGGCUAAACUGGAGGAGACGCCCUUCAAUAAGAUGGUCGGCACUCAUCCCAGGUUGCUGCCAUUCCUUGUAGCUGCCAACCCGGUCAACUACGGAAAGCCCUGCAAGUUAUCUUGUGUUGAGGCUUUUGCUGCCACAUUCUGCAUUGUCGGUUUUGAAGAACUAGCAAUGCUCUUGUUGAAUAAGUUCAAGUGGGGGACUGUGUUCCUUGAUCUCAAUAAAGAUCUGCUGGAGCGAUAUGCUGCAUGUCAGUCAGAGGAAGAGCUGCUCACGGUGGAAAAAGAAUAUCUUGCGUCCGACCCAACGGAUGAGGAGGAGUUUGAUCCAUUCGAUCUGACCUCUGGAGUACGAUGCAGGAAUCUCAACAGACCUCCGUGUGCACCCGAAGAGGAGGAUUCUACUGAUGACACCUCAGAAGAGGAGGAGGAGGAGGAGGAGGAGGAGGAGGAGGAUGAAAAUGAUGUGGAAGAAGAUGAAAAAGCCAAGAGCAGUGAGUCAAGAACAGUUUCAAAUCAUCAUGAAGAGGAAGCGGCAGGAUCGAAGUCCCCACAAUAAAGCACAUUUCAACUAUGGAUUUUAUUUUACUUCAAGGACUGGCAAAACUUUUCAAAGCUCAUGAAUCGUUCAUCACCUGAAGGCUAUUUGUGGUCAUGCCGUUUUGUACAAGCUUAUAAAAAAGAGAAAUGUAUAAAAUAAACUACGUUUGUCAUGUAAACCCUGACUUAAUAAAUUAAUCUAUACGAAAGUUGAA